AUGGCGUUGCCUACAAUGGUGACUGUCAAGCUGAAAGAUUGCUUUGGUUUUGUCCCUUCCAGGACUCAUGAUUGUCUUGCAAGAAAACGGGUUGUAGCCCAACUAAGCAAAGGCCACUUCCUAGUUUCACGCCUCUUCCGGGAACGUCGCACAUUUGGACUUUGGGCCUGGAUUCAACAAGUUGCCGCAACUUGCAUUGCACAUUCUUUGCAGUCCUUUCUAAGCCAGUGGACGCUACUCGGGCCUUGUGCGGAUUGUGGUGGGUCGAGCAGUUGUUUCUUGUUUGCUUUGGCUCUGCAAUCGACUUCAAUCAGCGUCGCAUCUGCCAAAGCCGAAGGCAACGUGGGUCGGUUGCUGCAUAAUGUUUGCUUGGGUGCUCGAACAGGCUUGGACCAGCGUCGCGCCAAAGCCAAGGGCGACGCCAAUGACAGUUCUAGCUGUUUUUGGCGUUCGGGUUCACGAAAUUUGCUCUAA